GAGAGACACGUGGAGAGAGAGAGCCAGGCCCACAGGAGGACGGCACGCAGGACAAGCCCAGCCCCGCCUUCAUGUCCGGCAGGUGCCCCACCUGGCCCAUCCUCCCAGGAGACCCCCAGCCAGUGCCGUAGACAGUCUGACUUGCAGCCGCCCACGUGACUCCCGCAGCAUCUGCAGCAGAGGAGAGGAUGGCCCAGGUCCUGCCCGCGCCAGCCCCCUUCGCAGGGACCCCCGGCCCAGCCUCCCCGCCAGCCUUCCCCGCCAAGGAAUCCGACCCGCCGUACUCGGUGGAGACGCCCUACGGGUACCGCCUGGACCUGGACUUCCUCAAGUACGUGGAUGACAUUGAGAAGGGCCACACGCUGCGCCGGGUGGCCGUGCAGCGCCGCCCGCGGCUGGGCUGGCUGCCGCGGGGCCCCGGCUCCUGGUGGACGUCCACCGAGUCGCUCUGCUCCAACGCCAGCGGGGACAGCCGCCACUCGGCCUACUCCUAUUGCGGCCGCGGCUUCUAUCCGCAGUACGGUGCCCUGGAGACCCGGGCUGGCUUCAACCCGCGCGUGGAGCGUACCCUGCUGGAUGCCCGUCGCCGCCUGGAGGACCAGGCGGCCUCCACGGCCACGGCCACCCCGACCUCCGCCGGCCUGGGCUCCCUGACCCCCAGCGCGGCCGGCUCCACCAGCUCCCUGGUGGGCGUGGGGCUGCUGCCCCCGACGCCACGCAGCUCGGGCCUGUCCACGCCCGUGGCGCCCAGCGCCGGACACCUGGCCCACGUGCGCGAGCAGAUGGCGGCCGCGUUGAGGAAGCUGCGGCAGCUGGAAGAGCAGGUCAAGUUGAUUCCAGUGUUGCAGGUGAAGCUGUCCGUGCUCCAAGAAGAAAAGCGACAGCUCACGGUGCAGCUCAAAAGUCAGAAGUUCCUGGGCCACGCCACGGCGGCGGGAGGAGGUGGCCCCCGAAGCCGCGGCGAGCUCUGCCUGGACCUCCCCGAAACCCCCGAGGACCCCGCGGCAGCGGCGCCAGAGACGCGGAGUGUCGCCACCUGGGUCCGGGAGCGGGACCUGGGCGUGCCCGAUGGCGAGGCGGCCUUGGCGGCCAAGGUGGCCGUGUUGGAGACACAGCUCAAGAAGGCGCUUCAGGAGCUCCAGGCGGCCCAGGCUCGGCAGGUGCAGCCGCCCCACGCCUGGCCACCACCGCCAUCGGACAGCCCCGUCCGGGUGGACACCGUCCGGGUGGUGGAGGGGCCCCGAGAGGUGGAGGUGGCGGCCAGCACCGCCGCGGGGGCCCCGGCCCAGCGAGCCCAAAGUUUGGAGCCCUACGGAGCGGGGCUGCGGGCUCUGACGGCACGGAGCGGGCCAGAGGGCCCUGCCCUGUUCCGCAGCCAGGAGGUCAUGGAGGUCUCACGCGCGGUGCCCGCUGCACCUGCCAGCGCCGGACACUCCGUGAGGAAGAUCAGCAUUACAGAGCGGAGCCCCGAGGCAGCCACAGGUCUACCCCAGGCUCCUGCGUCCACAGCGGCCUCCUUGGCACAGGCCGAGAAGAAUGCCAGCCAGGGACUUGCUCAGGAUGCCGCUGCCAGGGAGCCCGCCGAACUUGUCGCCUUCCAGGAGUCGGAGGGAAUGGGGGCUGUGGGUGGGCCCCAGGCUGGUGUGCGCUCCAUCAUGAAGCGGAAGGAGGAGCCCACCAACUCGGCCACCCACCGCAGGAGCCUCCAGUUUGUGGGGGUCAAUGGCGGGUACGAAUCCUCCUCCGAGGACUCCAGUACGGCGGAGAACUCCGACAAUGAAAGUACAGAUCAUGAGGCCCCGGGCCCGGAGGAGACCACCCCACGCGUGGCCGCAGCCCCCCAGCUCCGGCCAGCCGGGACCGCAGGUGUCAAGGCCACUCGGGAGGAAUGGCAGCUGUCCCGGGAGUCCCAGCACGUGCCCACGGCCUCGGGGCCAAACGCAGAAGAGCAGAUCCGGAUGGAGCUGAGUCCGGAUCUCGUCUCUGCCUGCUUGGCCCUGGAGAAGUACCUGGACAAUGCCAACGCCCUCACGGAGCGGGAGCUGAAAGUGGCCUACACCACGGUGCUGCAGGAGUGGCUGCGCCUGGCGUGCCGCAGUGACGCCCACCCGGAGCUGGUACGACGCCAUCUGGUCACCUUCAGGGCCAUGUCGGCGCGCCUGCUGGACUACGUGGUCAACAUCGCCGACGGCAACGGCAACACGGCACUGCACUACUCCGUGUCGCACGCCAACUUCCCCGUGGUGCGGCAGCUGCUGGACAGCGGCGUGUGCCAGGUGGACAAACAGAACCGAGCCGGGUACAGCCCUCUCAUGCUCACCGCCCUGGCCGCCCUGCGGAACCAGGAGGACAUGGAAACCGUCCUGCAGCUCUUCCGGCUGGGCAAUGUGAACGCCAAAGCCAGCCAGGCGGGGCAGACGGCCCUGAUGCUGGCCGUGAGCCACGGGCGGGCGGACGUGGUCAGGGCCCUGCUGGCCUGCGAGGCGGACGUCAACGUGCAGGACGAGGACGGCUCCACGGCCCUCAUGUGCGCCUGCGAGCUCGGCCACAAGGACAUCGCGGCGCUGCUGCUGGCCGUGCCCAGCUGCGACAUCUCGCUCACGGACCGCGACGGCAGCACGGCGCUCAUGGUGGCCCUGGACGCGGGCCACAGCGAGGUGGCGUCCAUGCUGUACUGCAGGAUGAAUAUCAAGUGCUCGUUUGCCCCCAUGUCCGAUGACGAAAGCCCUGCCUCGUCGUCUGCCGAGGAAUAGCCAGCCGACGGAGAAGCCAGAGACGCUGCCACCCGGAGGAGGAGCGGCAGCCGACCCGUCCUUGUCCCCUUCCCGGCCACCCCAUGCCCACUGCCCGCCCC